AUGGCCGCCACUGCCCCAGAGCCCCCCCGUCCAGAGUCCCCCCCGCUCCUUCCCGUCCCGCAGCUCGACACCCGCUGGGUCCAUGCCGGCGCCCAGCAUCUCGAUCUCCUGCCCACCCCCAUCACCACCACAACCACCGUCUACAAGGCAUUCUCCCAGCCCGAGUCUCAGCGCAUAGAUGCACAGUGGCACGCCCUACCCCCCGACGAGAGGGACAGUCUCGUCAAAGUCUGGGGUGCCAAAGACGGAGAAGGUGUACCUGCCACUCGCGCGAAAGAGCGCAGUGGCUCAAGUGACAAAGGGAGCAACAAGGCGAAACCGAAGCCAAGUAGUGAAGGCAAUGUCGCGGAACAGACACACCCAGUCGAUGCAAAAGUGAAUAGCGAGAGAAAAGGAGGAGCUCGGUCAGAAACAUCAGAAGUAUCAGAAACAUCAGAUCAGAGCUCCCCCGAGCUCGAGUUGGAAGAGGAGUUUCGACAGUUGAUGGCAGAACCCUCCUGGGACAGCCAAGAUCUGGGAGUCAUCAAAGGGGUACCCGUCAGUCAAGACUCGUUGUUCGAAGUCUCCUUGCGCACUUUAUCGCUUCACCCCGUCUUCUGGGCCCAUACCGGCCCCAGAGUUGCCGUACUGAGAGGAACCUGGUUUUUGACCGAUGAGACUAAACCUUGCUGCUGGGAGCUUGCGGAAGAGCUGGAGAAGGCGUAUCUUGAAAUACAACCUUGGCAGCCGUCCUACCAACACGAGCUAUCUACGGCCUUGUCGUUAGGCCAAGCUGGAGAAGAAAAGCUGAAAUACUCGCUGCCGCCCAGGUUUGGUCAAGGUUUGGGUGUCAUAUUCGAGAACGAGAACAGAGGUCGACUCAUCACCUCAGGGACUCUGACUUAUAUGGCUCGGGCCCUCUGGGACUCUAUACGCUCAAAAGCCUCGGGAACAUACAUCUACCGAGGGUUUGCGGCAGCCUGCGCUGCUUCAGGCAAAGAGCCUACCGACGUCAACUCCCCAGGCAAGAGUCAGGCUACAUCUAGAAGAGGAAGCCACAACAGCAAUCGCUCGAGUGUCAACGAAAAGUCACCGUCUACUAGACUCGCGGGCCUGCCCAAGCAAAGACCACAACAGGAUACUGUCGUAGAAGCAGCUAUGAAGGGGAUCACGAAAGAUGCGAAACAGACGCUUGAGGGAGUGAAAAAGGAUCUCAAGGAGGUUCAUAAUCAGAAGAUUGGGGAAAGACCUCCCGGCCUGUCUCCCGACGACAGAAGAGCCCGAGAAGAGGAAAACGCCCCUUUAAUCCAUGAUACAGAAGACUAUUCGCCGUGUACCGACCUGAUCCUAGUCGUCCAUGGUAUCGGACAGCAGUUGGCAGCCCAAUACGAGGCCUAUAACUUUGUAUACGCAGGUAAUCAGCUUCGACAAUCACUCAGAAAGCAGAGCUCGAAUCCAGCCUUGGCGUCUAUAAUUCGAGAUCGCCGUUGUCAAGUCUUGCCUGUCCAAUGGCGGGCGUCCCUUGACCUCGACGACCAGAAGACAGCAGAAGAUGCAGCUCACGGAAUGGACAACCGUUUCACGAUAGCCGACAUCACCAUUAAUCGAUCGAUUCCGUAUGUGAGAGAGCUCACCAAUGCGGUGCUGCUGGAUAUUCCUCUUUUCAUGUCGCAUCAUCGCCAGAAGAUGAUCGAGGCUGUCUGUACGCAAGCCAAUAAGCUGUAUCGCCUGUGGAUCGCCCGUAAUCCGGGCUUUGAGAAAAAUGGCAGGGUGCAUAUCGUGGGACACUCGCUCGGUUCAGCCUUGGUGGCUCACAUAUUGUCUGACCAACCCACAAAGAUCCCUACCAUAUCUGAUCUUCCCAAGUCUAUUCUUUCGGAGACGAGAGACAGAUUUUUGUUCAACACCAGUAAUCUCUUCCUUUGCGGGAGUCCCUUGGGCAUCUUCCUGCACCUCGACCAAGCCCAAAUUAUGCCUAGAAAGGGAAGGGAAAGAACAAUGAACUCGCCUCCGGACGAAGCUCUUGAUAGAGCUGGGAAAUUCGGAUGCUUGUCGAUCGAUUCAUUGUACAACAUCUUCUACCACACCGAUCCCAUCGCCUAUCAACUCAACGCGGCGGUCGAUUCCAAUAUUGCUUCCACGACCUCACCCCUUGCAAUAACUUCAGUCACCUCACCGUUCUAUGCACCAGUCACAGACAGUAUCAGCUCCAUAUCGCGAUACUUGCCAAGCGCGCUUGGAGGGCGUACGGGCGAUGCAGCAUCAGUCAGGCCAGGUGCUGUUCGUUUGCCAAGUGGGAUCGAGAUGGCCGGUCCUGCAGGGGAGGAGCGUCUGGAAGGCAGUCGUGGUGAGAGAAGAUUCUCAGCUCUGAAUCCUCACGGCAAUGUAGACUUUUAUUUGCCAUCAGCAGGCGUGAGCGAGUACCUCGGUAAAUGGUGGUUUCAGCAGCUACAGCACGGUCACUGAUGAUAUUUCGUAGACAUGUUGACGGCGCAUCUAUCUUAUUGGACGGACCCUUCGUUCGCGGCGUUCGUUCUGGCCGAAACCUUUUCGACUAGAUUGGACCUGGUCAGGACUGGUAUGGGACUCGCAGAUCAUCUGUCCAACAGAGAGAGGGAAGCUAGAUGAGCUGAGCGAGAUGAACUGCAGAUGAUCAGAAAUCGGAAGAUAUGUCAAUAAUGCGGACUGGGUAUGCUGUGCAUUCUAUUCGCUGCCAU